UGUUUCAUGGCUGCAUGUGGGUUCUUCUGAAAAGAGAAGCAUGUCAGGAAACUCUGGAUGCCCCUUUUUCCUCUGGGGACUUCUAGCCUUCUUGGGCUUGGCUCUGGUUAUAUCGGUGAUAUUCAAUAUCUCCCACUAUGUAGAGAAGCAGCGGCAACGAGAUAAAGUGUACAGAUACUAUGAUGACUACAUUCCAAGAGUUGAUGAAUAUUAUGUUGAAGAUACUCCAAUUUACGGUAAUUUAGAUAAUGUAAUCCCAGAGCCAAUGGGUGAGGACUGCUAUGAACAAAUGAAAGCUCGGCCACAGAGAUCUGUGAGUGACAUGCAAGAAGCCACUGCAUCUGCACAGGUACCUGCUGAAAGUCAGAUGUGCUAUGCCACACUGGAUCACAGCAUCAAGGGGAAACGCAGAAGGCCCCGGAAGCAGAUUGCUAAUUUCUCAGACAGGGAGAAGGAUGCACAAGUUUGUGCAAUGGAUACCAGCAUUUCUCAGAACAAUUUGGUACCAGAUUUCUCAUCUGAUAACCAGGCAGUAGAAGAAAGUAUUCAUGAUGAUCCUGCAAGACUGUUUGGAUUGAUCCGUGCCAAGAGAGAGCCUGAAGGCAUGAGGGGAAAAGUUAAAGUCCACGACCGCAGCUUCUCUUGCUUUAACAAGGAGAUUGAGGAUCUCAUUUACUCAGAAAAAAAAAAAUACCUGCUUAAAUCUACUUACAGGGCUAUUGAAGAGGUCAGACAAGGCUACAUGUAUAGAAACAUGUCAGAACAGCUCUGCAAUGAAGUUGGAGGAGCUGAGACACAAAUCCAGCCACCCAAGGACUCUCCAGAUCCUCGUGGCGUCCCUCCAGAAUGUGCUUCAAAGCAAGCACGUGUCACUCUUCUGACAAGACGUUAA